CGUAAUGUUAUCGUGCGGGGAAGAGGAGUGUGCCAAGUAUAGUGGUGUGAAGGGGUUGUAUAGGCGAUGCGGAAGUCAGCAUUUAGUAGCCCUCUUGUUGUGGAGUAAUCAGAAGGAUUCAAUAAAGGACCCAAAACAGUGGGAUCAAAGGAACGGUCAUACGAGGAACACGCACUGUAAGCGAUGUAUCUCGGUUCUUAUGGCACACUUACCUUGGCGGUCACGGCAUUCCCUGAUUUGAGACACUCAGUGCGUGUGCACAAUAUCUGAGUUGAAGCUCGGAUGAAUGAUCCUUUGAGGAAUUUUUCUGCAUGGAGGCCCUUACCUGAAUCAUUGCUUGAACUCGGCUGUUACCCAAAGUGAGCGAGCACACUGUUACGCAUUACCUGGUUCCAUCGUCCAACAUUUUGAAGAAAGGAACCAUAUUUCUACACACAAAGACAAUUUGCUGUCAAUCAUGGACAUGAAAACCGACAGAACCAUUGGAAAAACUUCUUUCUUGGAUGAAGACCAAGUUGAAGCAAUAUGGAGUCUAAACGGCCUCUUGCCGGAUAUGGUCGACGACUGCAUGCACGCCAUAAUUGCAUCUCAAGGUACUCGUCAUCCGGAAAAGAUAGCUGUUGAUGCAUGGGAUGGUCUUCUGACCUACAGGGAGCUGGAACAGCUGUCAAAUCGGUUAGCAUACCAACUUGUUCGCUUCGGUGUCCGGCCGGGGGCGGUUGUACCGCUCUGUUUCGAGAAGUCGAUGUGGACCGUCGUGGCCAUGAUAGGCGUUCUCAAGGCUGGCGGUGCCUUCGCCCUACUUGAUAUAAACCAGCCGGAGGCCCGCUUGCGGGAGGUCAUCGAGCAAUGUCAGGCCAAAGUCGUUUGCGCCUCAAUCGGCAGCCGAGCACUCUGUUCACGUGCGCAAGCGCCAGUCCUCGUAGUCGAAUUAGUGCUGCAACAGGAACUUCACGAGGAAAAAGCCACUGUCUUACCCGAGCCCAAUCCAACUUGGCCAAUGUACGUUUGUUUCACCUCUGGGAGUACCGGAAGGCCCAAGGGAAUCGUUAUCACGCAUUCCGCAUUCUGCAGCGCGCGUAAGCACCAGGCCGAUGCGUUCCACUUUUGCGCGGAAGCGAGGGUGUUCGACUUCGCGUCCUACAGCUUCGAUGUGGCUGUCUACAAUACAAUGAUGACCUUGUCUGUUGGAGCAUGUCUUUGUAUUCCAUCGGAGGAGCAACGCAAAGGGAACCUGAAUCAAUCAUUGAGGGACAUGGCUGCAACAAUGGUGGCUCUCACACCCUCAACUUCUAGGCUUCUGGAGCCCGAAAACUUACCAGAUUUGCAUACCCUGAUACUAUCUGGAGAGGCUGUCAGCCCCGGCGAUCUAGAAAGAUUGAAGCGCGGUAACUUCCGCGUCCUCAAUGCAUAUGGUCCCGCAGAGUGUACGCCUAUGAGCACCUUGAACGCAGACGCAAUCACGCCGGAGAUAUCGACAAACAUAGGGAGAGGAAUAGGAGCUCUGACUUGGGUCGUUGAUCCGAAUGAUCACACGAAACUUGUACCAAGGGGAACUACCGGAGAACUUCUGCUAGAAGGACCGGUUCUAGCGCAAGGAUACCUUGGAGAACCGGAGAAGACAGCGACUGCAUUUAUCAAUGAUCCUGCGUGGCUGAUCCAAGGCGCCCUGAACCGUCCCGGCCGACGGGGACGCUUGUAUAAGACGGGAGACCUUGUGUGUUAUAAUGCAGACGGUAGUUUGAGCUUUGUUGGCCGAAAGGAUGCGCAGGUGAAAAUUCACGGCCAGCGUUUAGAACUCGGGGAGGUGGAACAUCACGUGCGGCAAUCGAUAUCGUUCGUUGAUCAAGUAGUCGCUGAAGUCAUCGAGCUUGGAGGCCAGAAAGAGAGACCCAUGUUGGCGGUAUUUCUGACGGGCCAGGGAGGAUUGUGUGACCCAAAGCGAGUUACAGAUGAUAUGGAGCUAGUAAGUGUGCACAAGAGCAUUGAAACGGCGCUCUCGCAAUCAUUGUUGCCGUACAUGAUUCCCUCGCUAUACUUACGGAUUUCCAUAAUGCCGUUGUCGGUGACCGGGAAGAUUGACCGGGCCCGGCUGCGCGAAAUGGGCUCGAUCCUAUCCGCACAACGGUUGGUUGAGCUUCGUGGAUCAGCAAACGGGCAGAGUCACCAACUGCAAACGGAUAUCGAGAUAGUCCUGCGAGGCCUUUGGGCAGAUGUACUCCACGUCAAGGCAGAUAGCAUCAGUAUAGAUGAUGAUUUCAUCUUGCUAGGUGGCGACUCGAUUGCAGCAAUGAAGUUGGUAGGAGCGGCUCGCAAGGUUGGCAUCGCCAUUUCCGUCGCAGAUGUAUUCCGCUCCCCGACCCUUAGAGUGCAAGCUCAAAUUCAAGCUGGGAUAGCACUACCCAAUGAGGAGACAACAACGCCGUUUUGUCUCAUCGCUGGCGACUUGGGACCCCAACGGCUUCGCAAGGACCUGGCCAUGCUCUGCAAUCUGAAAGACCCUUCAUUCAUCGAGGACGCUUACCCGUGCACUCCACUUCAAGAAGGCAUGUUCUCGCUCGCGACGAAAAGGACUGGCGACUACGUCUUACAGGCUGUACUCGAUAUAUGUGACAGUGUGCAACCUGAGUUGUUCAAGACAGCAUGGGAAGAGAUAUACUGGUCCGCGGCAAUUUUCCGAACGAGAAUUGCGCAGCACAGUCAAUUCGGAUUGAUACAAGUGGUGUGUAGGGACGACGUCCACUGGUCACAGGCUUCCGAGCUGGAUGACUAUCUUGAGAAGGACAAGGCAGCAUCGAUGGGUUUGGGCGAUAGCCUCUUACGGUUUGCUCUGAUUGGGAAUACAAUCAAGCCACGGUGGUUUGUGUUGACCAUGCAUCAUGCGUUGUAUGACGGAUGGUCGCUGCAGCUUGUGACAAAUCUCGUCAAGAAAAGUAUUCAAGGUAAACUAGUGAGAGGGGCGAUUGACAAGAAACUGGGCUUCGGUGUCUUUGUGCAGCACGUUGUCGAAAAAGACGAUAGAGAUAUCGAGGCAUACUGGCAGUCGUACUUGGCGAAUAAUGAGUUUGCUACGUUCCCAUCGUUGCCUGUGGCGCUCAGGGAACCCAUGGCAAAUGCUAGCCUCGAGAUGAGACUUCCAUCAAAAGCGCAGGCUGGAGUGACGUUAUCGACGAUGAUCCGCGGAGCAUUAGCUGUAUUGUUGAGUCAUUACACAGGAUCUACGGAUGUGGUUUUUGGUGCGACCGUAUCAGGCCGGAACGCCCCAGUGACGGGCAUCGAGGACAUCUUAGGGCCGACCAUUGCGACGGUACCUAUUCGUGUGCAAAUGAGAAAAGAACAAACGACAUCCGACUAUCUUAAAGGUUUGCAACAAGGGGCGACCGAUAUGAUUGCCUAUGAACAAAUCGGAUUACAGCGGCUUGCAAAGAUGAGCGAAGAAGGCCGAAACGCCUGUGAAUUUCAGACCUUACUCGUGGUCCAACCGCAAGAAGAUGAGCUAGAGUCGGAUGAUGUACUAGGGAAAUGGCAGACAUCAUCUACCAAGCAAGAAUUCAUUACUUAUGCUAUCACACUGGAAUGCUUCAUAUCAAGUGAUAGUAUACUGGCUAGGGUGAAUUUUGAUAAGCGGGUAGUGGAUGAAUGGAGAAUGGGGAAAAUGCUGCAGCAACUCAGUGUCAUCCUUGAACAGCUGGCCAACGCUCCACCGGAUCUGAAAGUAGGAAACAUUCAAGCCUUUACAGCAGAGGACAGAUCAGUCGUACAGGAGUGGAACAAAACGGACCCUGAUGUUACGGAGAGAUGCAUACACGACAUUAUCGGUGAGCAUGCGCAGGCCGAGCCAGACGCACCAGCUAUAGAUGCAUGGGAUGGCAAGCUGACGCGCAGAGACCUGGACGAGCUAUCUACGCAAUUAUCACACCAACUUACAGCGGUGGGUGUUGGCCCAGAAGUGAUAGUUCCGUUAUGCUUCGAGAAAUCGAUGUUCACGGUGGUUGCGAUCCUCGGCGUGCUCAAAGCAGGAGGGGCGUUCGUGCUCCUGGACCCUGGUCUUCCCGACAGCAGAUUGCGACAGCUGUGCUCUCAGGUAAAUGCUAACGUCGCCGUAACAUCUCCAUCUUGCCAAUCUAGACUCUCCGACUUCAUCUCCCUGACUCUGGUCGUGAGCUGGCAGCUUUUCAAGUCAUCGGAAUAUCCUAAGGCGGUAUUGGACUCCAUAUCAUUGGAUCCAAGCCAUGCUGCUUAUAUCAUUUUUACCUCAGGCAGUACAGGUGUUCCCAAGGGUGUUGUUGUUGAACAUCGUUCAUACUGCUCAGCUGUAAUCAGUCAUCGAGACUUGAAUAUGGACGCCAACAUGCGCACUCUACAAUUCGGGUCUUAUAAUUUUGCCGGGUCCCUUGUGGAGAUGUUAAUGACUCUGAUUCACGGUGGUUGCUUAUGCAUUUUGUCUGAAGAGGAGCGUGGUAGCGAGUUAGCGCGAGCAAUCCGUCGACUUGACGCUAACUGGACAUUCUUAACGUCGACCGUUCUGGCCAACUUAAAUCCAGAUGAUGUACCAUGUUUGAAGACAAUAUGUGUGGGUGGUGAGCCAAUAAGGAGCUAUCAAAUUGAGCAAUGGGCCUCGAGAGUCCAUUUACGGCAAACCUAUGGAUCUGCAGAACUAUCCGGCGUCGUGGGGUCAGCUCGACUGAGUAGAUCAUCGGUCCCUGCUGAUGUUGGUAAAGCGGUCAGUGGUAGGAUUUGGCUGGUCAAUCCAGAUAACAUUGAUCAGCUUGCUCCAUUAGGAGUCCCUGGAGAAAUCAUCUUAGAAGGGCCAGUGGUCGGCCGCGAGUAUAUCGGGCAACCUCAGAAAACCGCUGCAGCUUUUGUUGGAAUGCCAACCUGGAGGGCGUCUUUCGGCCCACGCAAGCCGGCAUCACGAUUCUAUAAAACCGGCGAUUUAGCCAUGUAUAAAAGUGAUGGGUCAGUCCAGUUGCUCGGCAGGAAAGAUACACAGGUCAAGUUGCGGGGGCAACGUAUCGAGGUGGGAGAAGUAGAGCAUCAGGCAAGACUGGCUACCCCUGAAGUGAAAGAAGUUGCUGUGGAACUUAUUACUAUCCCUGGUACCAUCAAAGGUCCAGAACUAGUAGGGUUCCUUGUGCUACGAGAAAGGCAAAGACAUGCAGAGCCGUCGAACAGGAAAUUUGAAGGCUAUAGCAAAUCAGUAAGCACAGCUCUCAGGUGUGUUCAGGCUAGAUUGGAGAGUGUACUGCCUCACUACAUGGUUCCAUCGCUCCUGGUACCCAUACCAGAGCUCCCACUCACAGCAUCGAGGAAGACGGAUCGAAAGCGUCUCCGCGAAAUGGGAUCGGCGCUGUCGGCUGACCAAUUGAAUGGGCUGCGUACUCUGGCAGCAGGAGAGAAAAGACAGCCACGUACAGUAGCUGAGCGCCAUCUGCUUGAUCGGUGGGCCAAGGUACUAGAUAUCAAUGCCAGCAGUAUUGGUAUCGAUGAUAGCUUCUUUCGGCUAGGUGGUGAUUCGAUCGCUGCGAUGAAGCUUACCGGAUUAGCCCGUAAGUCCGGACUUGCUCUGGCAGUUGCCGACAUCUUCCGGCACCCUACCCUUCUCGCCCAAGCUCAGCUUCUCACGAGCGUGACAUAUUCUGCUGAUGAAGCUGUGCUUCCCUUUUCUCUCAUCGGCGAAGAUCAAAAGGUCCAUGCACUCCGUGAUGAAGUCGCUGCUCUCUGCGAUGUUGACGGCUCGUUCAUUGAAGACGCAUAUCCUUGCCUCCCGCUGCAGGAGGGUCUUCUAUCGCUUAGCGCUAAGAACACUGGCGAUUACGUGUUGCAGAGCGUGCUAGCACUUUCUGAAGAUGUUAACCUCGAGACUUUCCAGGCCGCGUGGGGAGCAGCUGUUAAGUCAAUAGCCAUACUGCGUACCCGAAUUGUACAGCAUAGCCGGCUGGGACUCUUACAAGUUAUAUGCGACGACAAGAUUCGUUGGAAUCAUGCACAGGAACUAACGAAUUAUCUAGAGCAAGAUAAGCUGGAACCUAUGGAGCUAGGCCAUCAACUGUCACGAUAUGGUCUAGUUGGUGACAGCCAGACCAGAUCACGCUACUUCGUGUGGACGGUACAUCAUGCAUUGUUUGAUGGAUGGUCACUUCCGCUUAUAUUGGAUGUUGUCCACACUGCUUAUAGCGCCAAUGAAAUGGUAAAACCGAUAGGUUUCAAUUCUUUCGUCAAAUAUGUGGUUGGUUUGUCUGAGGCAGAUGCCAGGGAGUAUUGGCAACUUUACUUGGCGGACGCCGAAUGCGCACCAUUUCCUGCCUUGCCGCCAUCAGUGGAAGAGCCAGCGGCUGAUGCAACCCUGGAGCUGGAGUUCACAUCAGAUUUGAAGACCGAGACAAUAACGUCGUCUAUCUUACUCCGUGGAGCGUUGGCCAUUUUAAUCCACCAGUAUACAGGCGCCUCGGAUAUCCUAUUCGGAGCAACUGUCGCUGGCCGAAACGCACCCAUAGUGGGAGUCGACGAGAUCAUCGGCCCGACCAUUGCUACAGUACCAAUUCGAGUACAGGUGGAAGAAGGGCAGUCGGUCAUGGACUAUCUUAAGAUGGUGCAGCGGGACGCCGUAGAAAUGAUUGCAUACGAACAAACAGGUCUGCAGCGCAUUACAAAAAUCGGCGAUAACGGUCGUGAUGCUUGUGGAUUUCAGACCCUACUCGUGGUUCAUCCAGCGGAAGAGAAAUCUAGGCAGGAUAGCACACUUGGGACUUGGCAGCCAACUUCAGAUAACAAUAAAGGUUUUGUGACCUAUGCUUUAACACUCGAAUGCUUCCUUAGGAGCGAGGGGUUCAAGGUAAGGGCGAGCUAUGAUACGAAAGUGAUUAGUUCUUGGAAGAUGCAACAUUUGUUGCAGCACCUUGGCAUCCUCGUAGAUCGAUUGGCAAACUCGGAGCCAAGCCGGUUAAUCAACGAUGUGUGUGCAGUAACCGAAAAGGACGUGGCCAUCAUCCUGGAAUUGAAUAAGCCCAUGGCAGACUUGGCCGAUUCGUGUAUCCACAGUCUCAUAACUGGACAGGCCCAGAAACGACCGGCCGCAUCAGCAGUCCAAGCCUGGGAUGGAGCUCUCACCUACCAAGAGCUGGAGGAACUAUCCGAAAGGCUAGCAUGCUAUUUUAUGACGUUCGGGGUCGGGCCGGAAGUAAUAGUACCCCUUUGCUUCGAGAAGUCCAUGUGGACAGUGGUCGCAAUGUUGGGCGUGCUAAAAGCUGGUGGUGCAUUUGUCCUUCUUGAUCCAGGACUACCUCAUAGCAGAGUCGAGAAGCUCUGCCGUUUAGUGAAAGCAACAAUUGGAGUGACAUCAUCCAUUUGCAAGACGAGGCUUUCUGAUUUUACGCCCGACACCAUUGUGGUGGAUUGGAAAUUACUCCGGGCAAUCUCAGCUUGUGAAUUCCCGCAGCGGUCAGAUUCGGGACCAGCCAAUGCUGCCUAUGUUAUCUUCACCUCGGGAAGUACUGGAGAACCAAAAGGAGUCGUCAUCGAGCACCGUUCCUACUGCUCCGCCGCACUCGGACACGGAUUGAGAAUGAAUAUGGGUACAAACACUCGCGCACUGCAAUUCGGCUCUUACAACUUCGCCGGCGCCAUCAUGGAAAUUUUAAUGACACUCAUCUAUGGUGGGUGUGUCUGUGUUCUAUCGGAAGAACAACGCGGAACUCAGCUUAUACAUACUAUUCGCGAACUGAAUGCUAAUUGGGCAUUUCUCACUUCAACUGUAUUAGCUAAUAUAAGCCCUCAAGAUGUGCCAUCCCUUCGAACAAUAUGCGUUGGCGGCGAACCGAUCCGUGCCGCUCAGAUUAAGGAGUGGGCAUCACAGGUUCAUCUACGCCAGACGUACGGCAGUGCUGAAACAUCUGCAGUUGUCUCUUCCGCGUUACUAGAUAUAUCUUCUGUGACGGGCGAUGUCGGAAAGGCAACCACAGGCAGGUAUUGGAUUGUUGAUCCCGCAGACCCCGAUAAACUUGUGCCCAUAGGCGCCCCUGGCGAGGUCCUUAUCGAAGGACCAACAAUUGGGCGUGAGUAUAUAGGAGAUGCGGUAAGGUCUUCGAAGGCUUUUAUCUCUCCUCCUGCCUGGAGAGCUGCAUUCGGUCCGCAUCACCCAGCGUCUCGAUUCUAUAGGACAGGAGACCUCGCUGCAUAUAAGCAAUAUGGUGCUAUUGAGCUGCUUGGCCGGAAAGAUACGCAGAUUAAACUGCGUGGCCAGCGCAUUGAAACUGGUGAAAUUGAAUAUCACGCGAAGCUAGCCACACCGGCUGUCAAAGAGGCAGCCGUAGAGCUUGCCCAUAUUCAAGACAACCGCUCAAAAGGUCCAGAGCUAGUAGGAUUCCUUGUAAUGGGAACACACCAGGGAAAUGCCAACUACAGAAGCCCAAAAGAUGGACAAUUUGACGAAUGGACACGUACGAUCAUCCAACGCACUCAGGCCAGACUGGAGAAGGCAUUGCCUCACUACAUGGUUCCCUCGGUUUUGGUCCCAAUACCACAAUUACCGCUGACUGUUUCUGGAAAAACAGAUCGGAGACGACUACGUGAAAUGGGCUCGGCCUUAACUCUGCAGGAGCUCGCAAGUUUGCGGUCUGCGAUGCGUGGCGAAAGACGAUACCCACGGACGGAGGCGGAACACCGAUUACAAGCAUUAUGGUCUCAAGUCCUCCAGGUCGAAGCUGGUAAUAUCAGCGUGGAUGAUAGCUUUUUUCGAUUAGGCGGUGAUUCAAUUGCUGCCAUGAAGCUUGUUGUGUCAGCCCGUAUGGUUGGUGUCACACUGGCAGUUGCAGAUAUCUUCCGACAUCCGAUACUCGCUACCCAAGCCCAAAUCGAGAUAACCACAGCGAAAGAGCUAAGUUCAGAGCCUAUAGGACCGUUUUCGCUUCUCGGCGAUGGAAUGACGUCGAAUGGUAUUUGUAACGAUUUGGCUGUCCUCUGCAACCUGGACGCAUCGCUCAUCGAGGAUGCUUAUCCAUGCACUCCAUUGCAAGAAGGUCUGUUAUCACUUACAGGCAAAAGAAAAGGAGACUACACAAUGCAGGCUGUACUCGAGAUAUCAAAAGACGUGGAAUUGGCAUCUUUACAGGCAGCAUGGGAAGAUGUGGUAGCUUCAACUCCAAUCCUCCGCUCCAGGAUCGUGCACCAUAAGGAACUGGCCCUCCUACAAGUAGUGUGUAAGGGAAACAUCGAAUGGAGGCGAGCUGAGAACCUGGAGAAUUAUCUUAGAACAGAUAAACUGGUUUCUAUGGGGCUGGGGAACUGCUUAUCGCGUUUUACUCUUGUCGACGAAGGUCCAAAACGACCACGGUUCUUGGUCUGGACUCUACAUCAUGUGUUGUACGACGGCUGGUCGUUCCCGCUGUUGUUGGAACUUGCUAGCAAUGCCUACUGGGGUAAAACGAUGGCCAAGCGGACCGAGUUUAGGGCAUUCGUCAAGCAAACCUUACACGUGAGGCACGCACGUGAUGAUGCUGAGACGUAUUGGCGAGCAUAUCUAGCCCAGGGAGAUUUUGUACCAUUCCCGACUCUACAAGCUAUAGGUCAAGAACCAAAGGCAGACGAAACUCUGGAAUGCAGUCUCCCCCUCACCACGAAAACAGAAGUGACGGUCUCCACACUCAUUCGUGGGGCAAUGGCCAUCCUCAUAAGCCAAUAUACCGGCUCUAAAGAUGUAGUUUUCGGCGCGACUGUGUCUGGUCGUAACGCAGCAGUUAUUGGCAUCGAAGAGAUUAUCGGGCCGACCCUCGCAACGGUUCCUGUACGAAUCCGGGUUCAAGACGACUUUACCGUGUCAGAGUUCUUCGACAAGAUACAACAACAAGCCACGGAGAUGAUAGCGUAUGAGCAAACUGGUCUUCAUCGGAUCGCAAAAAUGGGCGAAAGCUGUCGUGAUGCCUGUGGCUUUCAAACGUUACUUGUUGUGCAGCCAGAGGAAAGACCUCAGAGCGAUGAUGUUCUUGGGGUUUGGAAGACAUCACCUGACCAGGAAGGAUUCAAUACCUAUGCCGUCGUCUUGGAAUGCAUCCUGAGCACUGAUGAGGUUAGAUUAAAAGUGGGGUUUGACUCCUCGAUCAUCAGCAAGUGGCAAUUACAGAAUAUGAUUCGACAGAUCAGCAGUAUCCUAAGCCAAGUAGCAGAUGCACCGCCAGAUCGAACUCUCAGAGAUAUCAAUAUAUUGACGGCCGAAGAUGAAACCACAAUCUGGGGUUGGAACAAGAGUGUUCCAGAGUCCAUUGAAAGCUGUGUGCACGAUCUCAUCAGCAAACGAGAAAAUGUUUACCCAGAUCUACCAGCAGUAUCUGCUUGGGAUGGAGAGCUCAGUUAUAGAGAACUAGAAGAGCUAUCUUCGCGGCUAGCAUAUCGCUUGGCUGAUCUUGGAGUCGGGUUCGAGGCAGGGGGCGUGGAUACAAUAAUCCCGAUUUGUCUUGAAAAGUCGAAAUGGGUAGUAGUAGCGAUACUAGCAGUCCUAAAAUCUGGUUGCGCGUUUUUGCUUAUCGAUCCGACUCAAGCAGCAGAUCGAACAGAUCGUAUCAUGGAAUUUGGUUCCAAGGUCAUAUUGACAUCUACCCAAAAAGCAUAUCUUGUAGCUCGCCCAGGCUAUACUCUUAUCUCUGUCGACACUGAUAUACGAUCUUCUCUGCCUAACACUUAUGGCAAGAUCCAAUUUCACGUGUCCCCAAGCUCAGCAGCUUACAUGAUGUUUACAUCUGGUAGUACUGGAAACCCCAAAGGCAUUCUAAUCGAGCACCGUGCAGCGGCUACUAGCUGUAUAUCCCAUGGCUCCGCAGCAGGCUUUAAUAAAAGCACGCGAACAUUGCAAUUUUCAUCUUAUGCAUUUGAUGCAUGUAUUGUGGAAAUUCUUACCACACUACUUUUUGGAGGAUGUGUUUGCAUACCAUCCAGCAGCGAUCUGUUGACGGAUAUUGGAAAAGCGAUUAGCAAUCAGCGUGUCAAUACUGCUAUAUUAACACCUUCUGUUGUUCGGCUGCUUGAACCAGUUUCAAUCCAAUCUCUGAAAACCGUCGUUCUGUGUGGCGAAACGCCGACAGAUGCCGAUCUGAAGCAACUGGCUGCAGUCCCAGCUGUAUUCAACGGAUACGGUCCAGCAGAAUGUGCAGUCUGCUGUUCAGUCGGCAGAAUAGACUUCCAAGAGGCAAGGUCUUAUAUUGGUCGAGCAGUCGGAUCAGUAUCCUGGCUUGUAGCACCAGAAGAUCACAACCGCCUUGUGCCGAUAGGUGCAAUAGGUGAGUUGCUUAUUGAAGGAGCAACUCUGGCACGAGGCUAUCACCAUCGCCCAGGUGAGACGGCAGCGGCUUUUAUUAGAGACCCAGCUUGGCUGCUUCGCGGUACCCAAAGCCAUUCGGGUCGACACGCACGUCUUUACAAAACGGGUGACUUGGUACGAUAUAACGAAAAUGGCACCUUGAAUUACCAUGGUCGGAAGGAUACGCAGGUAAAGAUUCGUGGUCAACGCCUAGAGCUCGGCGAAGUUGAGCACCACGUCCGGGAGUGCUUGGGAUCGCGCGGCCAGAUAGUUGCAGAUAUGGUCAAGCUCAAAGGCGGAAACGAGAAUUUAAUACUGGCGGCUUUCAUAACCGGCCAUGUUGACGGGGAAAGCAGUAAAGAAGUCACCAUCCAACGGUUAUCGCAGGUAUCAGAGGGCAUAGAGUUAGUACGGGUGCCUACAGUUGUGGAGACAGCUCUGUCGCAGAGACUCCCAUUGUACAUGAUACCUGCCGUAUACUUUCGUUUUGCUAGUUUCCCUCUUUCGGCAUCGGGAAAGAUAGACCGAAAGCGAUUGCGCGAGAUAGGAGCAUUCCUGUCUGUCAAGGAUGUAGCUGACAUAUAUACGAUGGCAGACGGAGAAAAGCGACAGCCACAGACCGAGGACGAACACUUACUUCGAGCAAUAUGGGCGCAGGUGCUCAAUCUUGACGUUGGAGACAUUGGUAUCGAUGACAACUUUAUCCGGCUUGGAGGUGACUCUAUAACAGCCAUGAUUACUGUGGGCGAAGCUCGCCGGUUAGGCUUUGAAAUAGGAGUGGCAGACGCCCUUCAUCAACCCGACCUGCAUCAUCUUGCUAGCAAAGCACGACACUUGUCAGAGAAAUCUCUCAAAAAUAUCCCACGAAGUCAUAGCCAAGGGUCUGUGGAACAGUCAUAUGCCCAAGGGCGACUUUGGUUCUUGGAGCAGCUGUAUCCCGGUUCGACUCAGUAUCUCAUGCCAUUCGCGAUACGGCUACGCGGACAACUCCAGAUUGAUUCCCUCAACACUGCACUUCAGGCAUUAGAGAACCGCCACGAAACGCUCCGAACAAUUUUUACAUCUCAGAACGGUGUCGACCUGCAAGUUGUUCGGUCAUUCCAGCCAAUGGACUUACGAAUGGUCGACAUCCCAUUGGGUGAUGAGAUCAGCAUGUUGCAGGCCUUGCAACGAGAGCAGAAUACCCCCUUUGAUCUUAAGACCGAGACAGGUUGGAGAGUCUUGGUAUACCGGCUACGUGAUGAGGAGUACGUGUUGUCAAUUGUCAUGCAUCAUAUUAUUUCCGAUGGCUGGUCUGUCAAUGUUCUCCAAAAAGAAUUGGCAAAAUUCUACUCCGCUGCCAUUCGCGGUCAGGAUCCUCUGUCGAAAGUAAAUGCUCUACCAAUUCAGUAUCGAGACUACGCUCUAUGGCAAAGGACGCAGUAUCAGAUGGAUGAGCACCAGCGGCAACUCGAGUACUGGACUAUACAGUUGGAGAACAGCCAGCCAGCCGAAUUACUUGGCGACAGACCUCGGCCCCCAGUAUUGUCUGGGAAAGCUGAAAUACAGGAAAUGAUGGUUCAAGGGUCUCUUUACAGCGAAUUACAGCGGUUCUGCAAACAACGUGGGUUGACGCCGUUUGUUGUGCUUCUAGCUGCGUUCAGAGCAACGCACUACCGCCUCACCGGCUCAAAAGACGCUACAAUAGGAACAGCAAACGCCAAUCGAGAUCGAUGGCAACUCACAGAUAUGAUUGGAUUUUUCGUCAACUUGCAAUGUAUACGGAUCAAGAUCGAAGAAGAGUCGUUUGAAAAACUGGUUCGACAAGUUCAGGCGACGACGAAGGCUUCGCUGGAAAACCAAGAUGUCCCAUUUGAGAAGAUUGUCUCCAGUCUAAGGAACACCAGAGACAUUUCCCGUCAACCACUGGUCCAAAUUGUGUUUACCCUCCACUCCCAAUCAGACCUGGGGCAAUUCACUUUGGAGGGUAUUGAAACAGAACAUAUGGAUCCACCACCAUCGGCAAGAUUCGAUCUUGAAUUUCACUUUACCCAAGAAGAUGACCGCCUAAGAGGCGAAGUUGCGUUUUCAACCGACCUUUAUCAUUCGAAAACUAUCAGUAGUAUGAUGUCGCUCUUCCGGACAGUACUUGAACAAGGCCUCAAGGAGCCCGAAACUGCCCUCGAAACAUUAUCAUUGAUGACUCAUGACGACUACUCGAUGCUCAAAGAUUUUGGUCUGCUCCAUAUUCAUCAGACUGAUUAUCCUCGAGAGUCGAGCGUUGUUGACAUAUUUCGUCAGCAAGCCGCCGCGUUUCCUGACAGAGUAGCUGUCAAAGAUGCUAAAACCCAACUGACAUAUGCUCAGUUGGACCAGAAGUCUGAUGAACUUUGUUGGUGGCUAAGCGCACAAUCAUUUGCGAAUGAGAAACUAGUUGGCGUGUACGCAGGACGUUCUUGCCAGACUAUUAUUGGUUUCCUGGGUAUCCUGAAGGCCAACCUGGCCUAUGUUCCACUCGAUGUCCGGAGCCCAGCGGGUCGCGUGGAAACUAUACUUUCAUCCAUCGAAGGCCUUAAGCUCGUUCUACUUGGACCUAAUAUCCAGCCCCCACCCAUGCAAUUGGACAAUGUCGAAUUUGUUAGCAUUCAGGAAGUUCUGCAGCAGCUUCGAAUCAAAUCUAAGGAUCACAACGAACUCACAUCUACCUUGCCUUCUGCCACGAGUCUUGCCUAUGUCAUGUUCACUUCCGGCUCCACGGGAAAACCCAAAGGGGUCUUGAUCGAGCAUCGUAGCAUAACACGUCUGACGAAGCAAAAUGAUAUUGUGAAACACUUCCCUACCGCUGGCAUCAUGGCUCAUAUGGGUAAUAUUGCUUUCGACAUUACAACGUGGGAGAUAUUUACUACUCUUUUGAAUGGUGAGACGCUGGUAUGUAUAGAUAAUACGACCGUGCUGAACAACAAUGAUCUGGCCGACAUCUUCACCAAGGAAAAAGUUCAAGGCGCCAUUUUCACACCGGCUCUUUUCAAGCAGUGCCUCCUUGAAACGCCAGCUAUUGUUGCUCAGUUAGAUCUGCUUCUUGUUGGUGGUGAUCGAGUGGACGCGCAAGAUCUUUUUGCAGCGCGUGCAAUCAUGAAAGGCCAGAUUAUCAACGCCUAUGGACCCACGGAAAACACAGUGAUAAGCACAUUUUACUGCCUGCCGGAUGAUGAGAAGUGUGUUAACGGAGUUCCCAUCGGUCAAGCUAUAAGCAAUUCAGGCGCAUACGUUGUGGAUUCACAACUGCGUCUUGUUCCCAUGGGGGUCAUCGGCGAGCUUAUCGUCACAGGUGAUGGUCUGGCAAGGGGAUACACCAGCUCUCAGCAAGACUUAGGUCGUUUCGUCCCAAUAAUGAUUGAUGGACGGCGGGUCAAAGCUUAUCGGACUGGAGACUAUGUCCGUUAUCGACCUGUGGAUGGCCAAAUGGAAUAUUUCGGGAGAAUAGAUGCACAAGUUAAGGUUCGAGGCUAUCGCAUCGAGCUUGGAGAGAUUGAAGGUGUACUACGUAGCCAUUCCUCUGUGACCGACGCCGUGGUCGUCUCACGGCAACAUAAUGAGCAGGCUACUCAGCUAGUAGCUUUUGUCUCCAUCGUUGAAGAUGGAAAAGAGCCGGAUCGCCUUAUGGAAUUAGAUAAUGAGGAUGAAUUGCAGCACGUCGAACUAUGGGAAAAUCUCUUCGACUCGGACAAAUACACCACUGUCGAUGAAGUGCGACUAGAGACGAUCGGAAGAGACUUCACGGCUUGGACCUCGAUGUAUGAUGGGAGUGUGAUUGAUAAAGCGGAGAUGAAUGAGUGGCUUGACGAUACCAUUAUUUCAAUACUCAACGGCAGAGACCCUGGCAACGUUUUAGAAUUAGGAACCGGCACAGGAAUGGUUCUAUUCAACUUAAUGGGCGGGCUGCAGAGUUAUGUCGGUCUAGAGCCGACCGCCAAAGCAAUAGAUUUUGUCAACAAGAUAUCCAGGUCAAUACCUGCUCUUGCGGACAAGGUUUAUAUGCAAAAGGGUACGGCAGCAGAUAUAGGUCAGUUGGAGAGGCUCAACUCGCCCAACCUUGUCGUCAUCAACUCGGUCGUCCAGUAUUUUCCAUCUCAAAAUUAUCUUUUCAAGGUUGUAGAAGAUAUUGUUCGACUGGAGGGUGUCGAGACAAUCUUUUUUGGCGACGUUCGAUCAUAUGCUCUGUACGACGAGUUUAGGGUCACCAAAGCCUUGCGUCUUCUUGGAAAAACGGCAAGCAAAGGUGAAAUCCAACGACAAAUGGACGAGGCAGAAAGAGUUGAGCAAGAGUUGCUUGUUGACCCCGCCUUUUUCACUGAUUUACCAAGUCAGUUCCCUAAGAUCGUUGAGCAUGUCGAAAUCCUGCCUAAGAAGAUGGAAGCAAAUAAUGAGCUCAGUUGUUACCGAUAUGGCGCUGUCUUGCACAUGAAGGACAACCGCCACCCGCAGCAGAUAUACAAAAUCGACGGAGACGAGUGGGUCGAUUUCAUGGAAUCAAAUCUCGAUGUUCCAUCGCUGCUACUAUUACUCCAACAGUGUUCUCCGAGAUCAUCAAUUGUAGCUGUUGCCAAUAUUCCACACAAGAAGACUAUUCUUGAAAGAUACGUGGUCAAUGCAUUAGCAAAUGGGACAGAACACGUCGAUCGCGAGUGGUUUCCUUCCGUCGCUGAAGAGGCUCAAAGAAGGCACUCACUUUCCGCGGUCGACUUGGAGGAGCUCGCUCGACUGGCGGGCUGGCGGGUCGAAAUCAGCUGGGCUCGACAGCGUUCCCAGCAUGGCGGCCUUGACGCUGUUUUCCAUCACUAUCAGUCAAUAUUCAAGGGCAGUAGGGUUUUGUUUGAUUUUCCAACCGAUAAUUCGGACGGACGAUCUCGUUCCCUAAGCAGCCGACCUUUGAGACAGCGGUUGACGCAGAAGAUUCAGAGUCAGCUCCAGGACCGACUACGGGACCAAUUACCUUCUUAUAUGAUACCUCAGAAAAUUACAGUUCUGGAAAAGAUACCGGUUACCGAGAAUGGUAAAGUAAAUCGUCAAGCGCUUGCCGAGAGUGUCCCAAAGUUCGUACUUCCGCGAAAAACAAAACAGCAGCCAGCAUCUUAUAUGGAGCGGCAGCUGCAACGCAUAUGGGGCCAGGUUCUAUACAUCGAUCCGGCCACAAUCGGACUCGACGACAGCUUCUUUCAGCUUGGAGGCGACUCAAUUAUGGCUAUGAAGGCUGUGGCUGAGGCUCGUAAGGUUGGCAUUGAACUUGCUGUGGCGGAUAUCUUUAAGUACCCUACACUUGCCACACAGGCUCUAUCACGAACGAUCAUGACAAACGGUCACACAGAUAUAAUACAACCAUUUGCACUUCUUGAGAGCAAUCAAGAAUGUGAAGACAUCUGCAAAGAGUUAGCCUUGCUUUGUAAUACUGGUGCAUCGUCGAUUGAGGACGCAUACCCUUGUACGCCGCUUCAGGAGGGCUUGAUAUCACUGACGGCUAAACGAUAUGGCGAAUAUGUCAUGAAGGCUGUUUUACAGAUAUCCGAGCACGUCGAUAUUGCUUGCUACAAAGCAGCGUGGGAGGAAGUAGUCGCUUCCACGCCAAUCCUACGCACUAAGAUCGUUCAGCACGAGAAGUUCGGUUUGACCCAAGUCGUCUGCAGAGAAUGUCUCAAGUGGACCGAGAACCAAGACCUCGAAGAACACCUCGAAAGCGAUAGCUUGGAACCAAUGGAGCUUGGCAAUGACCUAUCGCACUUCGCAAUCGUCAGCAAAGAAGAUGCUAGCACGCCACGCUGGCUUGUAUGGACGAUACAUCACGCUCUGUACGAUGGUUGGUCACUUCCACGCAUCAUCAACCUCGUCGAUGACGUGUAUAGGGGCAAACGCACCACUAGCAAACCUGCAGGAUUCAAUACAUUUGUCAAGCAUGUACUUCAGAUCAGGGACAUCAAUGCUGAGGCAUAUUGGCGGUCGUAUUUGACCAACGUCGAGUUCAACCAGUUUCCAGCGCUGCCAACAUCAGUCCAAGAGCCGAUGGUCAAUGCUGUGUUUGAGACAAGGCUUGCAUCAAAUAUCAGAUCAGAGGUGACAAUGUCAACCAUGAUCCGCGGUGCACUAGCUAUCCUCAUUGCCCAGUACGUGAACUCUGUAGACGCUACCUUCGGUACGGUCGUGUCCGGCCGAAACGCAUCAGUAACUGAUAUCGAAACCAUUCUCGGACCAACAAUUGCCACAAUACCCGUGAGAGUGCAGGUGCAACGGAAGCAGACUGUUCUGGAUUACCUACGAACAAUACAGAAACAAGCUACAGAAGUGAUCGAGUUUGAGCAGACGGGCUUGCAGCGAAUCGCAAACGUGGAUGAGAAUGCUCGCCGGGUAUGUGGCUUUCAGACACUCCUCGUGAUACAGCCACAAGAGGAUGAGCAACCUGAAGAGGCUAGACUUGGAACCUGGCGGUCUUCAAACAUACAGCAAGGACUCAACAGUACAUAUGCAUUUGUAUUGGAGUGCUCUCUAGGAGCCGGUGAAGUAAGAGUGAAAGCAAGCUUUGAUUCCAGGAUCAUCAGCACAUCACAAGUGGAAAAUUUGACCCAGCAACUAGGUCUUGUCUUGGAGCAGUUUGCAGAUAUAAAGCCGGACCAACUUGUCGAAGACAUUAAUACUCUCACAACCACCGAUGAAGCAAAGAUAUGGGAGUGGAACAAGACCGUACCAGAGGCUGUCGAAAGCUGUCUACAUGAUCUUAUCAGCAAACAAGCAGAGCUUCGUCCAGAUGCAUUAGCAGUUAAUGCCUGGGAUGGAGACCUGACGUAUCAAGAGCUAGAGAGCUUUUCCACGAAGCUAGCAUGGUAUCUGGUUGAUCUGGGGGUUGGCCCUGGAACUAUCGUACCACUGUGUUUUGAGAAGUCGCUGUGGAUAGUAGUAGCGAUAUUGGCAGUCUCCAAGACCGGCGGCGCGUUCUUACUGAUCGAUCCGGUCCAAGCAGUGGAUCGAAGGAAUCGAAUGAUCGAGGAGACCAGUGCGAGAAUUGUCUUGUCCUCUGCCCGAAACCAAGAGCUCAUGGACAGAGCUGAUUGCAGGAAUAUUUGUGUAAGCUCUGACAUGGUAUCGGCUCUCCCUCAGCCGACAGACAAGACUGUCCACGACAUCAGAGGCAGCUCUCAAUCUCGUGUUAGCCCGGAAUCAGCCGCUUAUGUCAUGUUCACGUCCGGCAGCACUGGGCAACCCAAGGGCGUGCUGGUUGACCAUCGUGCAGUGAGUACCAGUUGUUUUUAUCAAGGACAAAGGAUAGGCUUCAAUACAGAGACUCGAACACUACAGUUCUCGUCAUAUACUUUUGACGCCUGUAUUAUGGAGAUCGCGACGACACUUCUGUUUGGAGGAUGUAUCUGCAUCCCAUCCGACACCGACAGGUUGGCCGCUAUGGAGGAGAGUAUCGAUCGCAUGGGUGUCAAUCUGUGCUUCUUAACACCAACAGUUGCUCGGCUCCUGAGACCAGAUCGAGUUCCUUCUCUGACAACAAUCAUUUUGGGGGGUGAGAAGGUUUCAAAUGAUGACUUCUGCCGAUGGGUUCCAAGUUCUACAGCGUUCAACGGAUAUGGACCUACAGAGUGUACAAUCUUCUCCUCCAUUGGCGAUGCGAGUACUCACCAAAAAGAAGCGUUGUGUAUAGGACGCGCUGUAGCAUCAGUAUCGUGGAUCGUAUCGCCAGAGGACCAUAACCGCUUAGUACCUGUAGGCGCAGUAGGCGAGCUCCUCGUUGAGGGCGUAACCCUGGCACAAGGUUACAUCAACCGUCCCCUCGAAACCGCGACCGCUUUCAUCGAGAAUCCAACCUGGUUGCUCCGUGGGGCCCACGACCAGUGCAACCGAAGUGGCCGGCUCUAUAAGACAGGGGAUUUGGUUCGAUAUAGUGAAAAUGGAACCCUGAUCUUUCUUGGCCGCAAGGAUACACAAGUCAAAAUUCGAGGUCAGCGCGUCGAGCUAAGCGAAGUUGAAUAUCAGGUACAAGAGUGUACAUCUUUCCUUGGCCCAGUAGUCGCAGAAGUAACGGAGCUAGAGGCAGAACAAAAUCGGCCGGUGUUGUCAGUAUUCUUACAAACAGAAGAUGGCAUCGAAAGCGAGCGCGGGAUAUCGAGCUCGAUACGAUUGGCAUCAAAUACGAAUGAAGACAUCGAACUAGUGGGGUUGAGCCCGGAAGUCCAGGCAGCUCUCUCACAGCGAUUGCCGGCAUACAUGAUACCGAUGCUGUAUUUCCGACUCAGCAAGCUACCACUGACUGCAUCCGGUAAGGUAGACCGACGAAAGCUGCGUGAGGUUGCGUCAGCGCUGUCACCGCAGAAGCUUGCAGAGUUGCAGGCGGUAGCUAAGAGAGAUAAGCGGCCGCCGCGGACACAGACAGAACAAACUCUGCAGCACUUGUGGGCACAGAUUCUUGAUAUCAGCGUGGAAAUUAUUGGGAUAGACGACAGUUUCCAUGGGCUGGGAGGUGACUCUAUCACCGCCAUGAAGCUUGUUGUAGCGGGCCGAAAGGCUGGGAUCAUGCUGGCCGUGAUGGACGUAUUGAAACAUGGUACCCUCGCAGCCCUGGCUGCGUAUCAAGACCAAAAGGUCCCGGAAACACGAUCUAACUUCUCGGUAAAGCCCUUUUCUCUACUGGAUCAUGCUGCUAAGGACCAGAUUAUCCACUCAUCCAGACCACUCAUGGUGCCUGAGGAGGUUGUCGACAUGUACCCUGCGACUGACUUUCAGAAUGACGUGAUCAAAUUGAGUAUGCAAUGGCCCCGACAAAGCUUGAACUACAUUUUCAUCGAUUUCGGCUUGGAUUUGGACCUCGAUCGUCUUAGAGAUAGCUGCCUCGGUAUCGUGGAACGUUUUUCAUUGCUUCGUUCAGUAUUUUCACACUUCCAAGGGACAUAUUUCCAGGUCACCCUAAAGCAGAUACCUCUGCAGUUUUCUGUCAUCGAUGUUACCGAAGACCUCGCCUCGGCUUCUCACAGCAUCUGUCUUGCCGACACGGAAAUCGGAUUUCAACUUAAUCGUGCGCCAACGUUAUUCAUGCUCGUCCGGAACAUGUCUCAGGGUAGCAGGUUGGUGGUCAGGUUGUCACACACUCAGUACGACGGCUUCUGUCUACCUGUUCUGAUCACGUCUCUGCUGGACUCAUACCAGGGCAAUGUUCUACGACCUGUAACGGACUUCUCGGAAUUCGUGUGGCGCAAGCACUCUCAGCGAGCUAUCUCAUCAGCCUAUUGGCAACGCCUCCUUCGCGGAUCGGUUAUGACACAGAUUUCAGAAAUACUUGUUCCAGAGGCGAAUCGGGAGGCGCGACAGGCUAGUGUUCCAGAGAAAAUCAUCCUCGAGGACUUGAUAAGUAUACCUCAACUGCCAGAUGGAGUUACCUUGGCUUCCGUGGUCAGUUCCGCCUGGGCGGUUGUUCUGUCGGAGAUGACAGGGCAAAAAGACGUUGUAUAUGGCAGUCUUGUCUCUGGUCGAGAUGUUUCCAUGCCGGGGGUUGAAGACAUCGUAGGGCCCUGUGUGAACAUCGUCCCAGUCAGAGCACAGGUGUCCCCGAAAAAAUUCCCACAUGAACUUUUCCUGUCCAUACAAGACCAGAAUCUUGCUGCCCAAGAACACUCCUUCAGACUGGAAGACAUUCUAGAGCACAACACAAAUUGGUCAGCUGGCUCCGAAUUCAGUAGCGUCGUCCAGCAUCAGAACAUUGAUGAAAACCCCGAAUUCCACCUGUCCGGAAGUUCGAUCAGAUUGGGCUGGUUUGAUAAUCCGUACCAUCUCCCCCCAAGACUUGCCAUCAUGACUUAUGCGAUCGAAGGCCGUGUCAAGGUCAGACUUCUCGCCAACAGCCAUAUCGCAUCGGUUGCCAUCGCAGAGACACUGCUCUCCAGCCUGUGCAGAACAAUCAUCAAUCUCAUCACGAACCAACACAAACCGUUGUCUUCCUGCAGGCUGGAUCUGCGUCUAUCGUAGCCGCGGAUGUAUGAAUCUGUGAAGUCUGCUCGUCGAGUUUUGUUGGAAAGCUGACGAAUUGGACGCCGAGGCCAAAAGCUACGAGGGGCUCCAUUCUACCAUGCCAAGGAAAGUGGAGCGCUUCAAAUUGAGAGAUAUCAUUUUGAUCGUUUGACCACUGCACAGAGUAUUUGAGGUAAUGAUAAUUGGUAGGGUAAUAUGAAGUCAACUUAGAGAAAAUGAAGAACGGCAAGAAUUUAAACGAGGUGUAAAGCGGAUGAAAUGUUGUUAAUAGCAAAUAACCUCUCAGGUUGGAGUAAAUCAACACCUAUUGUUUUGUCAAAGAAUACUUGACGUUUAGUUCCUAGUUCAAUUGAAGCCGUCGUUAGAGCAGAUAUGGAAAGAUGGGAACUGACAGGUGGGCCGAUUGGGCAGAUAAAAACGAAAGCCCCGACCGCACCAUGACAAUUUAACAGUUUCAGGUUCACGAG